AGGCUGGAUGUAUGUUGCACCUACGAUGACCUGGUCCGAACACAAUGCCUGAGUUCCCAGCAUUUCUUCUCGUCCGCAUUGAUGAUUCGAAGUCUGGACCUGCAACCCACGUACCCAAUCGAACCCAGGCCCCAUAUCCCAGGAUUAAUACGAUUUUUCCAGGAGCAGAUGGGGCUAGCGGCCCUACAGGUCGAGGUGAAUAGUAUUGCGUAUCAUCUGCGGUCUUCGUGGAUCCGCCACGCUCUGACCGAUCCCUGUUUGUUCCACGCGACGCUUUACACGGCCUCGGCCGAGAUGGACGCUAUGCAUGGGGCGCAAGGCACCGCCCCAAACUACGCCACCCUGUACCAUCAGACCAACGCGAUUCGGCUGCUGAAUUGUCGUCUGGUCCGCGGGGGCUCGAUGGACGAUGCGACGAUAGCUUCUGUGCUGCUUCUGGUAAUAAGUGGGUCCAUUGAAAAAGACCCGGAUGCGACCGAAGCCCACCGACAGGGUCUCCUCCGCAUGGUAGCCCUGCGAGGAGGGCUCAAACAACUCGGAUUCGAUGGGAUUCUGGCCGAGAUGAUAGAGAUGAACAUGGUUCUGCCCAUGGUCGUCUUCGGCCAGACCGACUCCGCGCUGUCGCCGCCCUUCACCCCCGAUGAAGCCCUACCCGACAGCCUCCCGAGCCUCGCCCUUGACCGAUUGCGCCGAAGCGGCUCGAGAGUCGACCCCACUCUACAACUGCAGCUGGUGCGCGUCCUCGAGCACAUCCAGGACCUCUUUCUAGCUCUCGUGCAACCCAGCGAAUCCUCCCAUCUCUGGACACUGCUCGACAACGGCCCCCCGGUCAUUCAAUCCACCACGACCGACGACUCAACCUGGAGCAGCAGCGAGACCGCCUUUCUCCGCACCUGCCAGCUGUCCAUGACCCUCCUGCGCACGCUUGCAGAUCCCGGCCUCCCCUGGCAUCCCGACACGAUCGCCGCCCUGCUGCGCGACCUCAACACGAGCAUCACCCACACCGACCCGGCCACGCGCCUACGCUACGCCCCUGAAGCCAGCCUCUGGGCCACCGCCCUCGGCAUGGCCCUCUCCCCUGACGUCCACGGCCGACUGACCUUCUUGAUCAACGAGCGCUGCGUCGUCCUCGCCGUCUCCAGCUCCAAGACGACCCCCCUCCAUGAGCUCUUCCUCGACUGCUAUUGCCGGCUACGCGCGCUCGUCAAGCUUCGUCGGCCGCCCGCUUUGCCCCCUUUGAUUUCUGCUUCGUCGCCACCGAUACCCAUGCCUCUUGAGUAG